AGUACCAUGGUGGUGCUUUCACUUCUGACGUUUUGCAUUUUGUUUAUUAAUUCACAAGGGGACAGUCAGUUUUGUGAAAUAGCUAACGUUCAAAUAGAAAACGAAGAUGGCAGACGACAGGUGUUUGAACUAAAGCGCAUAGAGCCAGUGAAAGGAGGUCCAUGUCUGCUCUGUGCUUGGAAAUCCAGUAGCGGAACCUGGGAAACGUCACCACUCAGAUUCAGUCUGCUUUUAACUCCUGGAGAAGUGGUAGCUGAAUGUGAUGAUGCUAAGCAUAAUUUACCAGUGGGUCUUUGUGCAGCUUCAAAGGAAGUCAAUUCCUGUUCCGAGGAAGAUGCAACAUUGAGUGAAGACACAGGAUCCUGUCAAAAUCCACAGGCAUUAGCUGAUAGGAUAGUUGAUGAGGGUCUUGUUCCUAUGGCAACAGGGAGAGAUCACAUCGACAAAAAAAUUGCACUGGCUGUUGUUCUUACAAAUCUGGGGUCAUUUAGCAAGGCUAUUGGUACUUUCACAGAUAUAUUAAAGAAACAUCCGGACGUUGUGGCUGCUUACUAUGGAAGAGGUGUUGCUUAUGCAAGGAAAGGUUUAAAUCUUGCAGAAAAUGCUGUCUUAGCCUUGGCUGAUUUUUCUGAAGCUAUUAAAAAGGACAAAGAUAGAUACGAAGCAUAUGAGAGAAGAUCAGAGGUUUACAUGGGUCUAGGUCAUUAUUCAGAAGCUUUAGAUGACAUGACAGUGGCUAUUAAUCAUCGGCCAACAGAAAAACUUUACUUCAUGAGGGGAGUAGUCAACCUUUUACUUGAAAAUUAUGCUGAUGCCGAGAAAGACUUCCGAAGAAACCUUGAAUCUGAGGGUCAGAUGUAUAUCGCGUCAUACUUUAAUCUAGGACUUGCUCUUUACUACAGAGGCAGGGUUAGAAAUGCUAUUGAAGUGUUCAAGGAAGUUUUGAAACUGCAGCCUGACCAUAUUGAUGCGUGUACCAGUUUAGCUCAGGCCUUCAAGGAACUUGGGAACUUAAAAGCUGCAAGGAACCGAUUUAAUCAGUCUUUGAAUAUCAAACCUAACCACCCUCUGUCACUUCAACUAUUUGGUGGUAUGAUGUACCAUAGUGGAGACCCAGCAUCUGCCCUUACGCACUUUCAGAAAUGUUUAAGUGUUGAUUCUGAGAAUAUUCAUUGUCAGUAUAUGCAGGGGCUGUCGUAUCUUGCAAUGGGAAAGUUUUAUGAAGGAAUCAAAGCUUCAACAAAGGUGAUGGUUAACAACAGAGGAGCUUUGAAAAUGUCACCUGAAUUUAUGAAAGCUCAUUAUUUAAGAGAAUAUGGUCGAUAUCUGCAUGCAAGACUUGAUCUAACCUUAGAUCAGCUGAAACCAGAUUUUGAACUAAAAGAAGAAUUUAAAGAUCACUGGGUUAAAUCUUUACAGUUUCAGUUCAAAAACACCUAUCAAGAACAGCCAGGUCUUCAACCAGAUAUCGGUGACAUCAGUAUGAUGAGUUUACAAGAUUACCCAUCCAAUGUUCGUUCUCUUAUAUGCAAAGCAGAAAAAGUGGGCGGCUUAACACAAGUGAAUUCCGAUGGGUUUACUUCCAACAAGCGUCUCAAUUUAGCCAUGGGUUUGGCAACAAUACACAUUGCACAGUACUUAGAGGCCAGAUGGAAAAGUUUUAAACAAAAUAAAACUCCUACAGCAGAUAAACCGAUAAACUGGAGAGAGGUCUACCGGAUUGGAGUCCAGUAUCGCCGACUUGUUGACCCGGACCAGCCGUUGUUUUGGGUGGAUUCCUUACCAGAUCAUUUGUUGUCUGAUGGCUUUAGAAGUGAUAUUACAUUUGUCAGGGGUUCUGUUAUGAAUUUAAAAGUCAUGCCAUAUUAUGAUCUUGUGUUCAAAUUAGCUAAAACAAUGCUGGAACAUUAUACAGGUGAUGGUGCAGUAGUCUACUCCAACCUAAAGGAAGACAUCGGUAAAGCAAAGACAUGUGAUGAUCUCUUGACUGUUGCUAGAAAGCGGAAGAUUAAUCCCCAUGGAUUCCUAGUAGCCACUCAGGUACCCAGUACAAUGAAAGCCAAAGAAACCGACCGACUGGAUGGAGCAAUGCUUAUACUCACAGAAGAUUUAAAUGGUAAGAUAGUGUUUUCCCUGAAUAUCGCUAAUACUCAAGAGCGGAUGACAACGUAUUAUUCAGAACUGGACUUCAUCUUCAAUCAGAUACAGGACGAGAUUCGACGUACAGGGGUCAGCAAGAUAGCAGAUGUGGACUCCAUAAUGAACUUGAUUCUCUCACUGGUUUACUACUUGUAUAACCUGAUGCCACUCACACGAGGAUCAAGUGUUGUGGCAUACUCCAUGGCUUUAGGUCUGGUUAUGUCAUUAGGAAGACAAGUGACUGGCAAAAUACCAACAGGAAAAUUGCUAGAACUUGAAGCUAUGUUAUCUGGAGCUCCUGAUGCAUUCAUCAUUGUAACGAAGCAGUGGAUGAAUGUAAAACGGAGCAGUCAGUCAGUUUCCAGUCUCCCAAAAGUUAAUGAAGUAUUUCCCACUGUUCGAAGUGUAAUAGAAGUUUUAAACGUUAAUACAGCAUCUUGUUAAUGAAACUAAAACUUAACUUUUAAAAGUUUUUAUUCAGUGUUAUGCAUUCCAGAGUUUUAUUGUUGUUAUGCUCUAUGCAUACAGUUUUCAGAAUCUUUGUUAAGUUUGUUUUGUUACAUAUUGAUUACUUUUAUUGUUAACAUUUAAAAGAAUGGCGACAUUGACACUUCAAGUUUUACUAGAAAGUUAAGUCAUAAAUUUAUAUUUUUGCUAUCUUUAAGAAUGUGAAAGAAGAAAAGUUGAGUUGAUUAUAUUGUAAAAGUUUGUCUUUAAUUUUAAGAUUUCGGUAUUCCGCUUUUAAACAAUUUUCACUGAAUAAAACCUAAAUAUUUUAUAAUCUAAAGCUGCAACGUUGAGAAUAUUUUUAAUCUUUAAAAUCAAUAGCGGUGUGGCCAUUGGGCUAUUUCUCGUUCCAGCCAGUGCACCACGACUGGUAUAUCAAAGGCCAUGGUAUGUACUACCCUGUCUGUGGGAUGGUUCAUAUA